UGCAUAUGUAUGACGGCGGCGGUGACAGAUAUUUUUUGCAUACGAAAAAUUUUUCUGAGCAGAAGUACGAAGCGAUAAAGUGCGUGGAAAUUAAGGCGUCUCAAGUCGAAAUUGAAAGCCAUACGUAUUGAACAACCGAUUGGACAUUAGCGGCUUGAGUGCAUUGCAAACAACACGUUGAUCGUCGUUUUUUUGCACGCAACAACCUUCUGUAUUUCCAUUUUUUGCGCAUACAUUUACCGAUAUUUUGGUGGUUACACCGACACGGACACACACAAACACACACACUGAUACACAUAGACAUACCCAAGCAGCAGCGACGACAAGAACGAGCAACGGCGACGACGUCGAUGUGAAGCAGCAGCGCAGUGAAGAAGGAAAAAAAAACAAGCGAAAUCGAAAGCAAAAUUUGUCGAGUCGCGAGUCAAGGCGUCAAAAAAAAAAAAAAUUCUUCAAUAAGUGUGCUAAGCUGAACGAAUCAAAAUCCCUACAAAACUAAAUACGAAAAGCUGCGCAUUUGCCGUGAAGAAGAGAAGUAAAGAGAAAAACACACGGAAGCGUUCACAACAAUAAAGGAGAACGGCAGUACUAGCACAACAACAACAAUAAGAACAACAGAGAAAGAAAGAAAAUAGCAAAAAUGAAUAAAACACCACAAUUCGAUGUUCUGACCAUUGAGCCAGAGCAUGAGUUGCGAUUUGUGGGUCCGUUCAAUCGGCCCGUGGUGACAGUGAUGACACUGCGCAACAAUGCACCCUCGACGCUGGUCUUUAAGAUCAAGACCACCGCUCCCAAGCGUUAUUGUGUACGUCCAAACAUUGGCAAGAUUGCGCCUUUCCGCUCCACGCAGGUGGAAAUUUGUCUUCAGCCCUUUAUGUAUGAUCAGCAGGAGAAGAACAAGCACAAGUUUAUGGUGCAGUGUGUGCUUGCACCACAAGAUGCCGAUUUGUCUGAUUUGAACAAGUUGUGGAGGGAAUUGGAGCCGACUCAGCUGAUGGAUGCCAAAUUGAAGUGUGUAUUUGAAAUGCCGCCCUCGGAGUCGAAUGCUGAGAACAACAGUGGCGGCAACAAUACCAAUGCAGGCGGCAGUGUUGCCGGCAAUGCAACAGCCAGUCAAAGUGCAGCUGAAUCACUGAAGACCGAUGCGUCCAAGUUGUCCGAUGAGGAACUGCCUCCUUCGAGUCUGUCCGAAGCUACCAUGCAAAUUGAAACACUUGCCGUCGAGAUAAAGGAGAUACGUGAACUCAACAUUGAACUGCGAAAAGAAAAUCUACACUUGAAGGAUCAAAUCACACGCUAUCGGAGCUCGCCGGCCACUAAGCAAAUCAACGAGUCUUAUACUCCAGUUUUAGCUGAAAAACAGAUUCCGGUAUUCUAUAUAGCAAUCGCAAUUGCUGCGGCUAUAUUGGGACUGUUGCUGGGCAAGUUUUUGCUCUGAAUGCCAUAAUACCAACAACCACAACAACAAAUAACAAAACGAUAACAACAACAAACACACACACACACACAGAGAGAUGCAAAUGCAACAACAACUGCAGCAGCAACAUCAACAACAACAGCAACAACAACGAACACAACAGCAACUAUAACUUAAAAAAAUGAAAAACCACAGCAAAGCAAGCAGCAGAACGAAGAGCAACAGCAACCUCGAAUGUUGAAGCAAAAGCUAAAUACACAUAAAACUCACACACACACACACACACACAAUAUUGGUUCUAUAAAUUGCUCGUUUUUUUUUUAAAUUAAAUUUCUAUUCUGUUACGAUACUAUGUUUCCCUUUAUUCGAUCUAUAUACAUUUAUAGUACUAUCAAUUAUAAUCAUUGAUGAAUUAAUGAGCAAAUUUUUGUCGAUUUGUCUAAAUUAUGUAAACACACAUACAUACAUACACCACACACACACACACACACACACAUAAAAAGGAAACAUGUUUAGAUAAUGUAAUUGUUAAAGAGAAAAACAAAAAAUAUGAAAAUUCAAAAAUAACAAAAAAAAGCAAAAAAAAUAUUACCGUAAGCAUAAUUUGCAAUUGCAUUAGAACGUUAAU